AGGAGGGGAUACAGAUACUCCUGCAGGCUAAUUGUAACAGCCAACGUCCGCAGGUAGAGUUCUGAUCCGCCUGCGUUAAGAACUGGAGUUAAAUUUAAAGCGAGCUGUUUCGGGACUUGAGCGUCAAAAAAGCUGGAAGAAUGUUCCAUCAAGUACAAUGAGCGCCAGUUUGUUUCCUCAUAUGAUACCCUCGAAUACAAUUUUGAUGAGCAAUUCUGAGACGUUUUUGGAUUCCUAAAAAAGUGGAUCCCACUUCCUAAGAAUCAUGAGAAAUACUUGGUUGUCGCCCCGGAGAGCGAUUUUGGAAUACUGGACAACGGUCAUGGUGUGUCUUUUUUGGAUUCAGUGUUCUUGCGGGAUGCCUCAUGUCAUACGAAUAGGAGGAAUUUUUGAACUAGUGGAAGGGCCUGCCCCACUCGUCAGUGCAGAAGAGCUGGCCUUUAAAUUUGCUGUCAAUAACAUCAACAGAAACAGGACAUUAUUGCCAAAUACAACAUUAACAUAUGACAUCCAGAGGAUUAAUAUCUAUGACAGCUUUGAGGCCUCAAGAAAAGCUUGUGACCAGCUGUCUUUAGGUGUAGUGGCCAUAUUUGGGCCAUCUCAUAGCUCCUCGUCAAAUGCAGUACAGUCGAUCUGCAAUGCACUGGAGGUCCCGCACAUCCAGGUGCGGUGGAAACAUCACCCUAUGGACAACAGGGACACAUUUUAUGCCAACUUGUACCCAGACUACUCAUCCCUCAGCUAUGCCAUCCUAGAUUUAGUACAGUUCCUCAAGUGGAAAACAGCUACUGUGGUGUAUGAUGACAGCACUGGUUUGAUUAGACUCCAGGAGCUGAUCAUGGCUCCAUCCAGGUAUAAUAUCAGGCUGAAGAUUCGCCAGCUCCCACUGGACACCACCGACACCCGUCCCCUGCUGAAGGAGAUGAAGAGGAGCCGAGAAUUCCGCAUCAUCUUCGACUGUAGCCACAUCAUGGCUGCCCAGAUACUCAAACAAGCCCAGAUGAUGGGAAUGAUGACAGAGUACUACCACUACAUCUUUACCACUCUGGACCUUAUGGCUAUCAAUUUAGAGCCGUACCGUUUUUGUGGUGUUAAUAUGACCGGCUUCCGUAUCCUGAAUGUGGACAAUCCUCAGGUGGCUUCUAUUGUGGAGAAAUGGUCCAUGGAGAAGCAGAUACCCCCAAAACCUGACUCUGGUCUCCUGGAAGGAAUCAUGACGACAGACGCUGCUCUGACGUAUGAUGCGGUCCACAUCGUUUCCGUCUCCUACCAGCACGCACCGCAGAUGACGGUCAACUCUCUGCAGUGCCACCGACACAAGCCGUGGAGGUUCGGCGGACGCUUCAUGAGUUUCAUUAAAGAGUCCCAUUGGGAUGGCCUGACAGGACGGUUGUCCUUCAACAAGACAACAGGCCUGCGGACUGACUUUGACCUAGACAUAGUCAACCUGAAGGAGAAUGGCCUAGAAAAGGUGGGGAAAUGGAGUGCUUCAGGAGGGCUGAACAUCACGGAGGUCCCUAAGCGAAAUGGCAUGAACAUCACUGACUCACUUUCCAACCGCUCGCUGAUCAUCACCACCAUACUGGAGGAGCCAUAUGUCAUGCUUAAGAAGUCUGACAAGGCGCUUGUUGGCAACGACCGCUUUGAGGGCUUCUGCACUGACCUGUUGAAGGAGCUGGCUAGCAUUCUGGGCUUUGCCUACGAGAUCCGCCUGGUGCCCGAUGGGAAAUAUGGCUUCCAGGAUGACAAGGGCCAAUGGAAUGGCAUUAUAAGGGAGCUUAUGGAGCAUAGAGCAGAUCUGGCUGUAGCUCCUCUCACAAUCACCUUUGCGAGGGAGAAAGUGAUAGACUUCUCCAAGCCCUUCAUGAACACAGGAAUUAGCAUCCUGUACCACCGGCCAAACAACACCAACAAUGGCUUCUUCUCCUUUCUCAAGCCCAUGACCCCUGACAUCUGGGUGUACAUUCUACUUGCCUAUCUGGGUGUUAGCUGUGUUCUGUUUGUCAUCGCCAGAUUUAGCCCUUAUGAGUGGUAUGACGCCCACCCAUGUAACCCAAGCUCUGAUGUAGUAGAGAACAACUUCACGCUCCUCAACAGCUUCUGGUUCGGUGUAGGUUCCUUGAUGCAGCAAGGGUCUGAGCUGAUGCCCAAAGCUCUUUCCACACGGAUCAUAGGAGGCAUCUGGUGGUUCUUCACCCUCAUCAUCAUCUCCUCCUACACGGCCAACCUGGCCGCCUUCCUCACCGUGGAGAGGAUGGAAUCUCCCAUCGAUUCAGCCGAUGACCUGGCAAAGCAGACCAAGAUUGAGUAUGGUGUAGUAAAAGAUGGAGCUACUAUGUCGUUCUUUAAGAAAUCGAAAGUUUCGACAUUUGAGAAGAUGUGGGCUUUUAUGAGCAGCAAACAGAGCACAUCAUUUGUCAAGUCAAUUGAAGAUGGCACACAAAGGGUCCUGAAGUCUGACUAUGCGCUUCUCAUGGAGUCGACUACCAUAGAAUAUGUGACGCGCAGAAACUGUAACCUAACCCAAGUUGGAGGCAUUAUUGACAGCAAGGGCUAUGGCAUUGGUACACCCAAAGGUUCCCCUUAUAGAGACAAAGUGACCAUAGCAAUCCUGAGCUUGCUGGAGGAUGGGCGUCUGCACAUGCUCAAAGAGAAGUGGUGGAGUGGGAGCAGCUGCCAGGAAGACGAGCGUUACGAAACAGGCCCCAUGAACAUCCAGAACCUGGGGGGCAUCUUCAUUGUGCUGGCCUCGGGUUUAGUGUUGUCCGUCUUCGUUGCUAUUGGGGAGUUUAUUUACAAACUUAGGAAGACAGCGGAGCGUGAACAGGUCUUUCUGCAGCACGGUGGUGGAAGAGAUCAGACUGUCGUUCACGUGCGAGAGAAGAGUGAAACACAGGCGCCACCAGCCACCAGCCAUGGUGAAGAAGGACGCCGUGAUCAACAUCCACACCUUCAACGACCGUCGCCUGCCGGGAAAGGACAACGUGAGCUGCAACACCGGGAUGACGCCCGUGUUUCCAUGACGUGCCUGGGGGAUGGGCACCUGAGGCACGUUCCCGGCGCCAUGCCUGAGAGCACCGACUAUGGCUCAGAGAUGAUCACGGCAUUCACCAUCAACCGCAGAGACAUCCGUAACCAAACGGCAAACCAGAAUGGUGGCAGUAGCAGCAACCCGGGUAAUGACCACAUCCUCAAACCAAUGUACCCCACCAUGCCACUAAGGGAGGGAGGCCGCUCCGUGUCCUUCCUGUGAGAAAGAUCCAUGAGGACAGCUUUCUGGGCUUGAGUCUGAUGUUUAUGUAUGAAACACAAACACAUGUUCACCAUCUGUUCACUGGAAAUCUAAGGAGUCCCUACCCAACCCCCACACCAAGAAAAAAAAGACAAGCAUCUCAUUGGAGCAAAUGAAAUAGGAGAUAAAAGAGGCUUCAUUGAAGCAUGGCAAUAAACAAACUACAGAAUGACAUGAAGGGUGUAGUUUCUCAUAGAGCAUCAUUUAUAGCACAUCAAAUUCAUUUUGGAAAUUCAGUGCUCAGACUAAUUUAGUUUGGAUUUUUUUUUUUUUUUUUUAAUGCUGAGGGCCUUUGAUCCUAUUGGUGAUGGGAACAGUUUUAUGGGAGCUAUGUGACAGAUGUGCUUUGGAAUUUGGGAUUAAUUUAAUUUGGGAUUGGAGACUUGGCUACUGGUAAUAUCUGAAGUUAGUGAUGGUAUGCAACCUCUAGAUCCACAAGAUUCAAGAUGGCUACUGAGAACAGUGCAUAUGACAUCCUUUCUGGUUCACAGAAUGAAUGCACAAACAGGGUUGACAUAACUCAAGGUAACAAAGCAUAUUUACAUUAAAAUUUUUCCUCCCUAAAGUUAAUAAAGGUUCUGUAUGUAGUUCCAUGUCUUAUCAUAGGGGCAGGACUAAAUCCAAUUUGUUUGUGUGCCACAUAAUAUGCUGCCACCAGAUGUUUUCUACACAUUAAAUGAUAAUGAGUUGACUGAUUACCACAAUAAUUGCCAAAGAUCUGUCCACAAAACAAGUUAGAUAUCUAAAUACACAUCCACUCCAAAGCAGCAGAGAAUAAAACUAAUUCAGUUGUGCUUAUGCACAUACAGAUUACUUCAUAUAUUCAAAGCUUAAUUUUAAUUCAUUAUUUUCAUCAGCUAAGCUCACAUUAACAGGAUAUGAUACAAGCUAUUAGAUUUAGCAUAUUUUAGAAACAAAAUAUACACAAAUACAUGACUUUCAUUAAAAUAAGUGUUUUACUAAGCUUCUUUUGAAGUAGGGACUACAAAAACAUUACUUCAGGUGUAUAAACACAUAUGAUCUGCCUGAAGUAGGGAUACUACACAGUACAUUCAGAAUACUCUUGUUAAGAGUAUUUGAAAUAUGAAAUCAGCACAGAAGGUACCAAUGCAUUUGCUUACAUUUGUUUCUUUCCAUCUAUUUCUGUACUCUUUUCCUGGGUCCUCAAGUGAAGAGUCUUGCAGAAAGGAUGAGAAAAAAGAGAUAAGUGGUCCUUGGAUGCCAUUUCUAUGAUGUACAAUAUUAGACCGGCAAGCACUAUAAGCCACAUACUCUGGUGACAGUCUGAAUAUAUGUGUCAUAUCUUUCCUCUGAUAGUAUUCUUACCUCACAAAUGAAUUUGAUGUAACAUUUUUCUGAAUUUAUGUAUGUCAUCAAGAAGUAUAGGGAGGUUAUAUGAAAUUGAGGCUUACAGUUUUUACAGUAGUUGGAUUACAGUCAGGUAUGCAUGUUGCAGUAUGUAUGUAACUGGACAGUGACACAAUUUUUGUUGUUUUGGCUCAGUAUUCUAACACAUUAGAUUUACUGCACAAUAUGAUUUAUGGCAUUUACAUGCAUAAAAAUGCAUUAAUUUGAAGGUGUAGAAAUUACCUUUUCCCAUUUCAAGGAGCCAUAAAUAAUUGGUCAAAUUACCAUAACUUCCUCAUACCCAGGGAACAGUGAAGACCAAUUUCACUAUUAUAUAAGGAUAUAGUGUGUUGACAUUAAAUAAAAUUGUCACAUUUCAGGGACUUGUUCCCUUUAGUCUCAUCUUCAGUAAGUGAAAUGAAUGCUCAGUUUGUUUAAAGACAGGUGACUGACUUGGCCAUUCAACAGCACUGCAUUUUUGGGCCUUAAAAACUCUUUGGUAUUUUACUAGUAUGUUUUGGGUCACUGGAACUUAGCUGGAUCCGAGCACUUAAGAUGCUUCUGUAAGUGUUGUAUUUAUCAAUAAAGACAUGUGAACCUGUAUCUCUGGCUUGCUGCCAUAUUUAUCAGAUGAGGUGGUAUACUUUAGAUUACGGACAGCUUUCUCUGCACACUCUCCUUAGGUUUUAAUUUUUUUUACAGCCAGUUCCCAUAUUUUACCAACACCCCACCCCCAAUCACACAAUGUCUCCUAACCUGAGCGGGCCAGAACUAAGGUAUGCUUCCUUAACUAUUGCUCAUUCCAUAUUGUAGGACAACUGAGAAAAGAGUUCAGUCUAUAAUCUAACAAUUUUUCAGUCUGUAAGAUAACAAAUUCUCAGUCUUUAAUUUAAGACAUGUUAGGCUACCAUCAGUCUGAUGAUCGGGACAGAGAAACCAAGCCAUCCAUCUUGAGAGAGCAGGGCCAGAUGGGUUCCUUUGGAUUCCAAGUCAUGGCUAGCUGUGGUAUUGUGAGGAUUCACACACAGGUGCUAGGGAGAGAACAUUACCCUCUUGGCCAGUUGUGCCACUUAUGAGCUUUGUUAGUUCUCUUGUGCAUGAUACAGUGACACACAGCUGGCAAUCAUACAGCUGAAUAUUGAAUUGUCCAAGUACAUUCUAAAAUUGUUUUACUGUCCAAUUACUUGUGAUCUGCAUUAUAGGUGUGGUAUUCCCAAAAUGAACACACUUCUUUCACUGUACAGUCAUAUGUGUGUAUGAGAGAUGAUGUGUUUGCAGGUAGAGGUCUGUGGACGCAUACAGGUGAGUGUAUGAUUGCAUUUGGUCUGACCAGUGUUCUGCUACAUGUCCUAUGCUUUUGCAUAGCCUUUAGCUGAUUCAUUCUGCAGACAUGAGUUAAAAGCUUUGAGGCAGCAAUUAGGCUUUUAACUUGUUGUAUCUGAGGAUAUACCACAGUUUGCCAGGAUGUACGUUGAAAGCUGUCUGACUCACUGUUGACCAGUUUUGAGAAUUUUAUGCAGCCUUGAAUUUUGCUAUUUUGGGUUUCCUACAAAUAAGGCAGAAACAAUAAUUGGACUUCAUAAUAUACAAUUGGAUUGAACAAUGAAGGACCCUCCUUCAUCCAGUCUUAUUUCUCUUAGACCACGAACAACAUUAAGUGACACUUCUCAUAGACUGCAUUAGGUUAGAUUGACUGUCUAAGGUUUCCUUAGUUUGUUAUGCAGAUGUGACAAACAAUACACAUGACCAGUGUUAGCAUUAUGAGAUUUAGGUGCUAAGAGUCUUCACUUGCUGCCUUUUCAGGUAGCUCAAGAGACUGCAUACCUCUGUGAGGUAAAUAUAAAAGACAGUGUCAAAAACAUUUUGUGUUCGACCUUUUUACUACAGAUAAUGUAAUGAUCAAGAUAACUCCAAUUCAUGGACUUGUUGUUGAUUCGGUGCAAACUCAUUGUGCAAGUGUCUUUUAAAUUCCAUGUAAUUUUAAUGCCCUCUUGCAAAGUAGACUAUAUAUUAGAUGAAAGGGGAAAAUUACUGUAUUUUGCUAAAUACUGAUUUUUACCUGUAAAUUGUUGUCUUUAUUUCCCAAUACCAAUCCUCUUUAUAAUAAAUCAAAUGGUGUAUCAGAAAUUGUAAAUACAUUUUGUAGUAUAGGAUCUGUUAUAUGAUUAUACUUGGAUGGAAUUUAGAAGAUAAUGAUUUUAUCUCUAAACCUUAUUACCUAAUACACUAAUUCAUUCAAAAUUGCGAAGUGAUUAAAGAAACAGUUUGAUAUGUGUGUCCCACUUUAAAAAAAAAUCUAAUGUAUUCAUAUAGAGUGUAUAUAAAUAAAAAAUAGAAUUUGAUUUUUGGAGGACUAGCUGUGAUUGCUUCAAAAAAUUGAAUGAUUUUUCAUCAUAUCUUUAAAUUGUUCAUGACUCUGUGGAUCAGCAUCAACUUUGUCCCACCACUUUAGAACGCUAAACAGAAUUCAUUUUGCAUAUUUUUAAUUGUUUGGUUAAAAACCUCAGAGUAGAAUGUGGUAUGCAUAUGAUGCCUUUAUUCUAAGACAUCCCAGUAAUUAUGUACCUACAAAUAACAGACUACAUAUCAAACAACUUCAGGAUAUUCAAGCUGUUGCCUCAUUCACUUGAAUAAAUUUGAUAAAAUUGGCUCUUAAACCUUUAUUUCCAUGUAUGAUCACCAGAUAAUCUGGUACUUUUGAAUAUUUAGCAAUGUUUCUAAGAUAUAAGCAUAAUUAUACAUGCAGUAUAAAAUUAAUUUCAUUACUCAGUAUAGACCUUUACAGUACCAUAAUAUGACAACAAUGAUGACCUGUUUCUCUGUACUUCAUGAACUAUUAUAUUAUGAAAUAUCACUUAUUUUCUGUAUAGAUUGCAACGUAACAUAGAACAUUUAGUUUAAGUAUUUGAAUCUGUGCUAUUUAAAGAGCAUAAACCUCUAUUUUAUAAAGGAUGAAUAAGCAAUGU